AUGAAAACCAUCUAUCUUCUUGCUGCCGGCAUUGCUCCAGCCUUGUUCUUUGCGCCUACUCUCGCGGCUCCGGCGCCCCAAGACUUGGCUGUAGAGGAAGAGGUCCAAGCGGCUGGCGGAUGGUGGGGGCCUCAAAUCAUCAACAACCAGAAUAAGAAGGAUCAAAAAAAUUCAGCUUUCCUGAACAACAACAACCAGAACAACUUCAACCAGAACAAUCUCAAAAAGGAUCAUCUCAGAGCGAACAACAACAACAAUGUACUGCACAAGAAGAACCAGAAUAACUCAAUCAAAAAAGAUCAUUUGAAUAAAAACAAUCAAAAUGCAAACAACCAGAACAGCAAUAAGAAAAAUGUUAACAACAAUAAUCAUUUCAACAAGCAAAACAAGAAAUUCGAAGUUGAAGCUGCGGAUGUCAAAGAAGAGGAGGUAGAAGUUGCGGGCGGUUAUGGCGGUUAUGGCUUGGGUUACGGCGGCAAAGGCAAGAAAUUUGGUGGUUAUGGUGGUUACGGUGGUUACGGCUAUCCCUACGGCGGUUACGGUUACGGCAAGAAGUUCGAUGUUGAAGCUGCGGAUCUAGAGAACGAGGAGGUUGAAGCUGCUGGCGGUUAUGGCUAUGGCUACGGCGGUAAAGGCAAGAAGUUUAGUGGUUACGGUGGCUACGGCUAUCCCUACGGCGGUUACGGUUACGAUGCUGAAGCUGCCGAGGUCGAAAAUGAACAGGUUGAAGUUGCUGGCGGAUGGUGGGGCCCUCAAAUCAUCAACAACCAGAAUAAGAAGGAUCAAAAGAAUUCGGCUUUCCAGAAUAACAACAACCAGAACAACUUCAACCAGAACAAUCUCAAAAAGGAUCAUCUCAGAGCGAAUAACAACAAUGACGUGCUGCACAAGAAGAACCAGGAUAACUCAAUCAAAAAGGACCACAAGAACCUGUCAAACACAAAUGCUUUCAACAACAAUAACUCGAAGAAAUCCAACCAGAAUCACAACUUCCAUAAGCAGAAUAAGAACCAGUUCUAGGGAAACAUUUCAUUAGCCGUAGUGUCAUAUCAACAGUAUUAUUCCUGCAUGUCGAGUUUUUGUUUAUGCUCGUUCGUGUGGUAAAGAGAGUAAUUCAGCGCAUUAGUUCAAGGAUUAUGGUACAGUCCAAAGAAAU